UCAAGUUUUAAAUAAAUUAGGUAGGUACCUUACCUACGUCGUUCCAUAAGUUCAUAGUUUUAGUGUAGUCGACUCUGUAUCAUACUUUGUUAUUAAAUGUACCGUUUAAGUGAAUUAAUAUAAAGUACCUAAGUGCGUGUGUAAUGUUGAUGUUAUCUGGACUGAAGAACAAUUCGUCAAAGUUUUCAAUCAAGACUUAUCCUUCGACCAUAUAUUUUUGAAUUCGAUCGGAUUCAUAUAGAUUGAUACAACGUGGGGCCCGUUACUUUAUCUUGUCCAUUUUGAUCAAAGCUACAUAUAAAAAAAUAACGCAUUUGAAUCGUAGGCCUACUAUUCGAAACUAUUGGUUUUUACGAAGAAGAAAUUCUGAUGGAGCUCAGGACCGAGGCCUCGGUCCUUUUUGAAUUGAAAAUAUUCAAUUCUUUCGAGAGUGCUACUCCUAUUGAAUAUAUCCACAAGUUUCCUGUGAACCAUAAAUAGAUAAAGGAAUAAGUACUACCGACUUUUUGGAGGAAAAAUCCGCUAUUGAAACAUGUCAGGAACUUCGCAUUCCGCUGGACAAUCUACAACAGCCAAAAGGACACUUGAUGAAGAUACCGAAUCAGAAACUGGUGCAGUAAAGAAACAAAAAAUGUCUAAAGAUUAUGCGGCGGCAGGGUUAAAAUCAACAACUCACGGUGUCGUUUAUCAACUGAAAUUGUUGAUUCUAUUUUUAAUACGAGGUUUGCAUUUAAAAUAUGAUUUUACUCUUGCAACUGAAAUGGUCGCAGCUGAAAAGUUCGACGAUAUUGUAUUCGGUUAUACCGAUGAAAAUGGUAAAGAUGUAUGUCGUUUUUUGCAAGCAAAGCAUAAGCAAGAUGAAACUAAAAAUAAAAUAACCCUUCGUAAUUUGCUCACAGAAAAAGAUGGUGAUUUUAGUAUUGAAAAGUACUUUAUUUCGUAUUGUAAAAUCAAAGAAAAUCCCGAAUUUAAAGAUUAUAAGUUAAAAGAUUUUACCAUCUGUACAAAUAUUAAUCUAGACGACAAUUUAGCGAACAAUUUUAAAGUAAUUAUAGAUCCGGAUAAAAUUUUACAUUUUGGAAAUCACAAAGGAUUUAAGCGCUAUAGAAUUAAUCGAAAUGAAUUUCCUGAAGUAGAAAAAAUUGUGCCAAUGUUACGUCGGACGUCAAAACAUCAUAAACUCGCAUACAUGCUUGCUAAUCAUGUGUUUAAAGGCGAAUGUUUGGAAUUGAGAGAUUUAUUCAAAGCCUACCAUGUUGUACUCGGAGAAAACGUGAUUAGGCGUGUUGUUGGAAAUAAUGAUGUUGAAGUAGUCAAAUUUCGUAGUGAGUUCAUAAAUGGAUUGCCGGAGUUGAACAAGUUCAGAGAAAGUUUUUAUGAGGAAUAUCAGCGUGUCUCAAAGACAAAAAUCAAGGAAAACGAGUUUUGGAAGAAGAUGGAAGAGGAAAAUUUGAUUAUAUCUCCGAUUUUAAAAGAAAAAAUUGAAUUACAUUCCAAUUCUCCGCUUACUGAUCCAGAAGCUUUAGCUGAAAGUAUUGCAAAAGCAAUAAAAAAGGCUAAUACAAAUACUGUCAGAAUAUUACAUAGGGAACUAGAGAAUCAGGAUGGUAUUAUAAAAGAUAUUGAUAGAUUAGCAGGAUAUGUUUUUGUAAAAAAGAAAGACGAGAAUGAAGAAUUAUUCUAUUUCAACUCAAAAUUUCUUGUUGAGAGUGAAAAAUUGCCUGAUCAUUUGAAACAGUUCCGUACUGAAUUCAUAAAAAAACUUGGAGAUAAACGAAUAGAAUUUUCCAAAAUAAAACAAUAUAAAUUUCAUAUAGCCAACUUUGAAACUUAUGAAGAGGAGGAGUUUAAUAAGAAACUUUCUUUACCUGAUGAUGAUAUAGAUGGAUUUUUUGAGAGUUUCGUUUUAUCAGUCAACCAGCCCAAUGAAGAAAAGCUAGGUGAUAUUAUCCAAAAAGAAAUAAGCAAAGGCAAAUUAAUGGGCAACGGCAAAGAUUUCAAAUUAAUUGAUACUGAACUCAUGGCUAGUAAGCUUCAGGAAGAUAUGCUGCAUUGGAUGAAACAGAAAAAGGGUAGUUUUUUAACAAAUGAAGAAGGUAAUGAACUUUUUGUAAAAAUUCACCAUAAAGUCUCUAAGUUGGUAUUGAUUGGUCCUACCUUAGUUUAUCGUGCUAAGAUGGAGGAGUUUGGAAUAUCAUUUCGUAAGGAUUUUAUUGUCCUGCAAAACUUCUUAAAUUCAGAAAAACAAAUUUUCAACUUGAUUAGCUCUUGUGAUGACACAAUUUUUAGUUCAAUUAAAGUACUCCAAACAUUGAAAACCCUGAAUAGCUAUCAAAAGGAGGAUAGUUAUAUUUAUAUGCGUUUGGAUUCUCUUUUGCAUAUUUGGAAACAUGUAAUGGAAGCUUUCAGAACAGGAGCAUCUAAUUUAUUAGCAAUUGAAUGCAAAGCCAAGAAAAAGGGGGCAAAAUGGUACAAAUUAUACAAAUCAUUAUCUGCUUUAUUAAAAAAUGAAAAUGAUAAAAAGGUCAUUCUCAUAACUUUGAAGGAUGAUAAGUUUGCUAAAAUAUUUAAAACAGAUUUUUCCCAGGUAAGGCCUAAUCGUUACAAAGAAAUUGAAGAUAGAAAGACCCAUCUAACUGAUCUUACUGAAGAGUCUCAAAAAAACAUUUUAAAAAAAGGAAAAGUUUUUUUUCUUGGUAAAGAAGUAAGUUUAAAUGCAGUCGUAGAUGCGGAGUCAAAAUAUCUAUUGUCAGAAGAAGUGGUAUCUAUGCUUAUUAAAAAUGAUGAAUUAAAGAUAGGUAAACCACUCAUUGACCAUACACAUACUGAGGUUGAGGAUUACUUCAUUGACCGUAUGCUUAUUCGUUGUGUAGUGGUUAGAUCAGAUUUCAUUAUAGAAGAAAAUUUUUUGGUAAUUGAUGAGGAAAAUCCAGAUAGACCUUUUGAAUCGUGUGAUUAUGUAAAGAGAGAGAUUGGAUCUAAACAUGGGUCAUAUACAGAUAUAAUAUUAAUUUCUGAUUCACGGUAUGAAUUUAAAAAACUGCAUGAGGGAUACAGAAAACAAUAUAAUAUACAUUGGUUGAAAAAAGAAAAAGGAGUGAACGAUAGGUACAUCUACAGAUGGCAACAAUCUUGUGGUGAUCUAACAAAAUUAUGUACAUUUAUAGAUACAUCUGAACGGAGUGUUGUAAAAUAUAAACUAAACAAAAUUACAGAUGUAUAUGAUAAAGUGGUUCUUGUUGCUGCAGAGCCAGGGAUGGGAAAAUCAGUUUUGCUAUCUCGUUUGUCACUGGACACCCAGAAUACUACACUAUCUCCUCUGUGGAUAGUUAGAAGUAACUUGAUAAAUCAUUCCAGUGAAUUCUCAGAGUGGCUGGAAACUAACUCAGGUACUAUAGAAAUCAGUGUACUGGAAGCUGUGAAAUUUCUCUAUAAAAUGAUUUUUGACAAAGAUGUAUAUCUUCCUGGAGAUCAUGCAGUUGAUGGGAAAGUGGAAGAUGUGAUGAGCUUAUGUCUUACACAGAAUAAUGAUUUUGAAAUUGCUGCUGGAAGCAAUAUUAUUAAAAAUAUGACAGGAUCAUCAUUACUGGAAAUUAAGCUUUUUGUCCAUUUUUUCAAUAAGGGUAAAGUAGUAUUACUAUUUGAUGGAUUUGAUGAGAUCAGUCCACAUUAUAAUGAUCUUGUUGUGAAGUUACUGAAAGUUUUAAAAGAUACCAAAGUUAAAAGUUUAUGGUUGACUACGCGUCCUUAUAACAUUCUACGCAAGCCUGAAAAUCAGUUUAGUACGUUUGCUUACAGACUGCAACCAUUUCUUAAAGAAGAUCAGACCAAUUUUUUGAAGAAAUAUUGGAAGAAAAACCUGAAAAUUGCAGAAUUUGAUGGAGAGAAAGUUGAUAUUUUUAUUGAUGAGUUAGUGAAUCAAUUUUCCAAAACUACAAAUGAUCCAGAUAGAAAAUUUACAAGUAUACCUUUGCAGAUUCGCAUGCUUGCUGAUACGCUGUCUAUUAAGUUUAAAAAAAGUCCAGAACCUUUUUGGGAAAAUGAAGGUGCACUAGCUAAUAAGCUAGAUUUAGUCACUCUUUAUGAGAUAUUUCUUGAAAACAAGCUUGAUAUUGAGUUAAAAAAAAUAAUAUCUAACGAACGUGAUAGAAAAAAGUCUGGCGCAUUAAUUUAUGAAAUGAAUAGGCAUUUGGAAUUUAGGAUAAGUCAUGAAAUAUUGGCCGUGUGUUCGAUAUUCAAAGUAGAUCAGUGUAAGAAAUUGCUAUCUACAAGAGAACUGGAAAAAAUAGAGAAAUUGAAAAGACUCAUAAGCGAAGCAGGAAAAAAAACAGGAGUCAUCAUUAAUAUUGUUGAUGAUAAACCAGAAUUUAUUCAUCGUACUUUUGCUGAAUAUUUCACUGCACAAUUUAUUUGGAAAAAAUUCAUUUCCACGUAUGGACUGAUAGAAUUUGAGGAAAAAAUUGUUAAUUAUAUUGUUGUUGAGAUGUUAAUCAAAGAUGGUGCAAUACAAGUUUCAAAAUUUUUGGUAUUGAUUGCUGAAAAGUAUUUCUACAGCAGCAUUGAUCUUUCCAAAUUGGAAAAUAAAAUUAAAAUUUUGUUAAUGGAACUUACUAAUCAAAUUAUAGAUUAUGGAGAUAAGGAAGCUAAUUUUCACUCCAUCAAGUUGUUACUAGGGAUCAUUGAGUUUUUCUUUCAGAAGCAAGGAGAAGAAAAUUGUAUAAAAAUAGAAAGAAAUUUCCGCUUUAGAAGUCCAUUAAUCUGGGGAAAUGGUCCAAAAAUCCAGAUGAAUAAUGAACAAAUGAGGGAAACGGAGAAAUAUUUUCAAUUCGGGAGGAAUUAUUUAGAAAUCAGAAAGGUUCGUUCAGAAAUUAUGAAGAAUAAUUUAAAAAUCAGCAAUAAUCCAUCACUAAACUUAUUAUGUGUAUGUGCUGAAAUGGGAUACACAAAACUUGCAGAAGUUUUGGAGGGUCUAAACACUGAAUUAGUGAAACAACAUCUUAGUCAGAGAAAAUGGUCGCAUUCUCCUUUAUGGUUAGCAGCUGAAAAUGGCCAUCUUGCUAUCAUAACAUUUCUAGUUAGAAGGUUUUCUUAUAAUCCUGAGUGGAUGGACAAAGAUGGAAAAAUUUUAAUUGAGCAUGCAUGUAGAGAAUCUACAUUCAACGUUCUGAAGUCUUGUUUAGAACUAGAUAUUAUUGAUGUCAGGCCUUUCAAUGAUCACAAGGGUGUUAGAAAAUUACCACUAUAUGAAGUCCUUACAAAAGGAGCACCAGAAGUGAUUAAAUUGUUGAUAGAAAAAACCAAUGAUGGUAUUGUGAAUAAAUUUAUUCAUCACAAAUUUAAAGAUGCACUGGCUAAUAAGCUGGAUUUAGUCACCCUUUAUGAAAAAUUUCUUGAAAACGAGCUUGAUAUUGAGUUGGAGAACCUAAUCUCUAGUGAACAUGAUAGAAAAAAACCUAGUGCAUUAAUUGAUCAAGAAAGUAAGCGUUCAGAAUUUAGGAGAAGUCAUGAAAUAUUGGCUGUGUGUUCAAUAUUCAAAGUAGAUCAGUGUAAAAACGUGCUAUCUACAGAAGAACUGGAAAAAGUAAAGGAAUUAAAAAAACGCAUUAGCAAAGCAAAGACAAAAACCGGAGUCAUUAGUAAAAUUAUCGAUGGUAAACCAGAAUUUAUUCAUCCUACUUUUGCCCAAUACCUUGCUGCGCAAUUUAUUUGGAAAAAAUUUAAUUCUAUUCAAGCAAAAAGUUUUCAGAAAAAAGUUGUUCAGGAUAUUGUUAUCAAGAUGUUGAUCGAGGAUGGUGUGAUACAAGUUUCCAGGUUUUUGGCAUUGAUUGCUAAAAAGUAUUUCAAUAGUAGCAUUAAUCUUUCCACAUGGGAAAAUAAGAUAGAAAUUUUGUUAUUGGAACUUACUAAUCAAAUUGACAAUUACGGUGCAACAAAGGAUGAUCAUUUUCAGUCCAUCAAGAUAUUACUAGGGAUUAUUGAGUUUUUCUUACAGAAGCAAGAAAAAGGAAAUCUUUCAAAGAUCAUUGAGAAUCAAUCACCAGAAUUAUUAUGCUUAUGUGCGGAAAUGGGAUAUACAAAACUUGCAAGUGCAUUGACGAGUCUAAACACUGAAUUGCUGAAACAAGAUCUUAGUAAAAUGGAAUGGCUCCAUUGUCCUUUAUGGAUAGCCGCUGAAAAUGGCCAUCUUGAUAUCAUGAGAUUUCUAGUUGUAAGGUUCUCUUAUGAUGCUGAGUGGCAAGAUGUAAACGGGCAGGAUUUAAUUCAGAGCAUAUGUCGAAAUGCUGCAUUCGACAUUCUGAAAUCUUGUUUAGAAUUGAAUAUUGUUGAUGGCGAGCCUUACGAGGAUCCGGUCGAAGGUGUUGAAAAAUUACCAAUAUAUGAAGCCAUUGCGAGAAAAGCCUCAGUGGAAGUGAUCAAAUUGUUGAUAGAAAAAACUGAUGCUGGUAUUGUGAAUGUAUUUCUCCAUCAUGAAUUCAAAAUACCAGUGAGCAACCUUAUGCUUAGAGAAUUGUUUAUUUCUUAUGAUAAGCCUGCAGAAAUAAUUGAGCUUGCUUUUAAAAAAGGCAUUGAUUUCUCCUUUUGUUUGAAUGAUGUUCUUGACAAAUUUAAGAUUGCAAACAUUUGUAAUCCGUUAAUGUUAGUGAAUAUUCCCCCCUUUGAUCGUAGAAACUUUAUUGAUCGUUGUUCUUCAUAUAGCAGUAGGUAUAAUUACUUAUGCAAUUUGUUCCCAAUUAUUGAACAGCUUUUGAAAGCUGGUAUAGGAUAUAGUUACAUAGAUGCGAGACGUAGACGCAAUGAACCUCCAUCAGGUUCAACUUACCGCAUUGUUAAGCGACUAAAUGACAUGCAUAAACUUUUAAAUGAAAUUUACAACUUACAUAGAGUGAGUGAUAAAGAAAAUAAUGACCCGAGACAAAUAUUAUUGCGAUUGAUUUUCAAUUAUAUUAGCUCUCUUGGUUUUAAAGCUAUGGAAAUCACAAUAAACCCAAAGGAACUACGUAUAUUGCCUCACUAUCAAGAGGAAUGUGAACACAAACAUCGUAUACCUCAGUUGAUUUCCUGCAUUACGAAUUAUUCUACAUAUAUUAAACAUCUUGAAAGCAAUUAUGAAACAGAUAAUACACAGAAUCAUAGGAUAUGUGUAUGGCCUGUUCCAGAAAAAGGAACUGUUCUCUGUAAUCCACUUGUACAUCAUUUUCCUAUAUUCAAAGCUGUUAUGAUGGAAUUGUUUUUCAAGUACUACAUUCUAGGAGUAGAUGGUGAUAGUAACUUGGUGAAAUGUGCUGUAGAUCAACUAAAAACUCAUCCAGUCAUAUUACUGGGUGAACGUCUAAUUCCUGGCAAAUUUUCCUCAUUCCAGGAAUGCAUUCAUAAGAUAAAUAAUGAAAUUGAGAUAGUUGAAAAAGUUGAUGAAGAAAACAUAGGCCGAGAAAAAUAUCUAAAUAAGUUGGUGAAAAAUUUGUUGUGCGAUGUUUUGUUGAUGUAUUUUCAUCAAUGUUAUACAAUCACCGAUGCAUUAGAUGAAAUUUCAGAAAAAGUAAUCAAAAUUGAAGAAGUAUUUAAUAAGCUGCUGGAAAUGAAAAAUAAGUCGAGUAGUGAACAUAAUAAUAUGAUAUUUAAUGAAGAUCAAAUAUUAGAUAUUUUGGGUUUGAAAAAUAUCGCUUGUGAGCGUGAAGAUUUACAAAAAUUAGUGUCAGAAAUUUCUGAUGAUACUGCGGGUUUUGAUGAUUUGGUACACGUUUGGUCUUUGCUGGAUCUUAUAGGUCAGCGAAAUGUACUACCAGUAUUAAAACAAAUGUUAAAGUUUGCUGAUCAAUCAAAACGAAUUUUCGACAUAUUUGAGGAGCUUCAUGAGGGGUAUGAAAACCUCAUUUAUGCUGUUCAAGAUGAUGAUAUAAACAAGGUAACAAGCGUGUUACAAAACGUUGAACAAGAUUUUGUGAAGGCAAUUAUCCAUGGUCAAGAUGAGCAUUAUGGCUCACCACUACAUUACGCAGCUCUCAAAGGACAAGCAGACACAAUAAACAUCUUUUUAGACCAUGGGACUAAUCCUAAUCUCAGACUAUGUAAUAAUUUUGAGAAAAUAACUCAUUUCUCGCAAGCUAUGGAAAAAAUGAAAAAAUACCCUUUUUGGUCAGACGAUUUUGUAAAUUGGACUCCGUUAUACUUCGCAGUGUUGAAUGACCACAUAGAAGUAGUUCAGAAUUUGAUAGAGAGGGGUGCUGAUGUUAAUUAUGUUCUUAAUCCAGGACAGAGGGGUUAUUCAGUAUUACAUAUUUCAGCUUUGUCCUGUGGUAGUUUGAAAAUUGCUCAGUUACUUUUGAAAAAUGGAGCUCGUUACAAUGUCCCAAAUAAAAAAGAUGAAACUCCUCUAAAUCUUGCGACGUGUGGAUCUGACGUUGAAAAGCUACUCCGUUCUAUCAAUGAACUGUUUCAAAUUGUUGAGGAGGGUGAAAGAAAUGCCGUUAAUUCUGUAUUCGAGGCGUUAGAUUUUGUUUUUGAUUCAUGGGAAGCUGCCUUGAAUGCGAAAAACACAAAUGAUAAGACACUUUUAGAAUUAACUAAUAAUGAUGCACAGAAGGAUAUUUUCGAGUUGCUUUCAGAAAAAUUAAGAAUGGUAGAGUCCCGUGGUUUGUAGUUUGUACCCUUUUUGAAACGUGUUGUUAUAGUUGGUGAGAAAGAAACAUUUGUAUGUAGUACAGGGUGCCCAGAAAUAUCGAGUACCCCUAAAAAAGUUUUCUACUAAAAUACUUCGGUUGGUCACAGUGAAUGAUAAUAAUGAUAGCACAUGAUUGGUUGUUGGACUGGAGAGAUCACAUUCCACCAAUCAUAUGCAUCUACAUAUUUCACGUUGCCAACUAUAGACAGUUGCCAUUGCCAACCUAUAUGUUUAAUGAAAAACUUUCUUAGGGGUACUCGGGUACUUGAUAUUUCAUGGGCACCCUAGCUGUAGGUAGGAGUUACCUAUCUUAGUAUAGGUAUCAGGUAGGUAUGUAUGUUGUGUACCAAGUCCGAAAUUGUACAAUUCGGGGUUGGUACAGCCAAUUUUGUACCAUCUCCAAAGUGUUCAGACCAAGCGUGAAUAUUACUUUUUCAUCGGACUUGGUUUAUACCAUGCCCGGAAGGUCCAGACAAAGUGUUCGACUUGGUACAAUUUGUGUUGUGCAAAGUCCGAAAUAUAGUUUUAUAACGAAUGAAUUCGAAUUUUACAUCCCUUUAAAAUUUCAUAAAUAUUGAACCAAAUAAAAGGAAAUUUAAUGAUGGCUCUAAAAUACACCACCAGCAAAAUUUACAGGUGCUGAAAUUCAUUUGUUGAUUUUUGGGGAAUUUUUAAAGAUUCCAAUAUUACUAUGCUUACUUCUUAAUAAAAAAAAUGAAAAGAUCAAAUUGAGGUACCUACUCGUACUUACUAACUAAAAUGCUGAAAUUUGGUUUUCACUCUCUAUUUUCAACUUCUCAAGUCGUUUAGUGGUGGUUUUGAACAGGGCUGUAUUUACGCACAGGCAACUUGGGCAGCUGCCUAGGGCGGCAAAUUUUUGGAGGCAGGAAAUUUUGAAGCGUUUUCAUCUCGAUUUUUGCGAUUUUUUUUAUUUGUAAAUUGUACAUAAGUAUUUAGCGUAAAAUUAAAAUUUUAGCAUAAACCCUGAUUAGCCAUCGAUCUUUAUGACCUUUUCGAUCGAUUUUUUCAAAACCAUUUUGUAUCAGUUCAAAUCCAAAAUUUUUUUAAUUUUUUUAAAAAUUACUGGAGAAAUCAGCUAUUAACUCAUAAAAUUGAUAAUAUGGUACAAUCCAAAUUUCAGCCUUUCACGACAAUUUGAUAAAACUUUGACUUAGAAAAAUCCAUGAAAAAAUGAAUUCGAAUCUAAGUAUUUGGUGCAUAGUUUUCAAAUGAGUAAGGUACGAGAAUUUCACGACUCUAGAAGUUGAAAAUAGAGAGUAAAAACCAAAUUUCAGCAUUUUAGUUAGUACCUCAAUUUGAUCUUUUUAUUUUUUUUUCCUUGAGAAGUGAGCAUAGCAAUAUUUGAAUCUUUGAAAAUGCCCCAAAAAUUAAAAAAUGAAUUUCAGCACCUGAAAAUUUUGCUUGUGGUGUAUUUUAGAGUCAUCAUUAAAUUGUACCAAGUCGAACACUUUGUCCGGACCCUCCGGGCAUGGUACUUGGUACAAACCAAGUCCGAUGAAAAAGUAAUAUUCACGCUUGAUUUGAACACUUCGGAGAUGGUACAAAAUUGGCUGUACCAACCCCGAAUUGUACAAUUUCGGACUUGGUACACAACAUGUACAACUCAAAAUGAAAGGUUUGACUUGGGGAUAGAGAUGACUGAUGAGUACUUAACGAGUUGUUUUUUCUCAGUUUUUUUUUCUUUUUUCAAAUCGAUUUUGAAGUUGUAUCCUGAUUUAUUUUUUCCCCUAUUAUUAUUUUUUAGGUUUAUUUGCCAGUUAACUCCUUUAAUUAUAGUUUUAUUUAGUCAAUUAUUUUUGUUAUACAUCCUGCGUACUUGAGUGCCAUGAGUGUAAUGAAUUUAUCGUUAUUUACAUAGGUACCUAAUUGUAUUAGCUGUUUCAAUUGUUUCUUAAUUGUUAAGCCAAUAUUCUACCAAAAGAACAUGCAUUAAUUUUCUAUCAAACGUUUUAAUGCAAUUGCCGGAGUACAUUUUCCAAUAAAACAUAUGAAGAAAAAAAUCCAUUGAAAAAUUUCAAAGUCUAGUACCUACCUAUUUUAUCAUAAAAUUUUUAAAAAUCAAGAAAUAUUCAAAAGCGGCCAAUGAGUUUAAUGCAUUCUGAAAAAAAAAGUUUCCCUUAUAAAAAUGUAAUGUAUAUAGGUAGGUACGAGUUAUUGUUCAAAAUUUUUGAUGCCAAUUUGCUGGGUAGGUACCUAUUUUGUAAGCGUUAAUCUUUUUACCUAUAACUUAAGUUAUAUAAGUAUGUAUUUAAUCUUUUAAAUUAAUGUAUCUAAUAUUGUAAUAUUAAAAACCUACUCGUGCAAGAACAUUUUUUUUUUGCAUUUAUGACUACAAACUUCUUUGUGAUAUUUUUACGUAUGUGAUUUGUUGAAAUAAAAUAAAUUCCGGCGAGAAUUGUUGCAGUUCGAAACA